AAAAGUCGAAAUUCAAAUGUCAGAGAAAGCGAAAAUCUUUUGUGCGGUGGGAGUACAUUCAACAUUUCUUGAUUUUAAUAAUUAAAUAUUAAUUUGAUUCGGCCAAGUUGAAGGAGAAAAAUGGACGACGAUUUACCGACCGACUUUGAGGUCAUCGUCGUAGGAACAGGUUUGGUUGAGUCUAUAGUGGCUGCAGCAUGCAGUCGAAUACGCAAAAAGGUUCUACACCUGGACUCCAGAGAUCACUACGGAGGCUUGUGGGCUUCUCACAAUUUUGAUGGCCUCCAAAAAUUCAUUAAAGAGGUCACCACAGAUCCGAGUAGACAACUUCAAGUUUACAAUGUAAUCGAAAAGUGGUAUAUACCCAAAGAAUCAUCACAAGAAGAGAAACCAGAGGGAGACGAUGGUAAGACUGCAGAAGAUGGUAAAGAUGUGGGUAAGAAGGUGUGGAGUCAGGCUGACUUUGCCACUGAAUACAGGAAGUUUAAUAUUGAUAUGACACCAAAGUUGCUGUUCUCGCGGGGGCCACUAGUCGAGCUCUUGAUCUCAUCCAACAUCGCUCGUUACGCGGAGUUCCGUUGUGUGACGCGCGUGCUCACGUGGCUGAGUGACAAGCUUACGCCCGUGCCGUGCUCGCGAGCUGAUGUGUUCGCGACUGAGGCUGUCAGCAUCGUCGAGAAACGAAUGCUUAUGAAAAUGCUGACGUCCAUCGUUGGUUACAAUGAAGAAGAAAUGAAUAACGAAUUUAAGGAUUGGACGGACAAAACCUUCCAAGAAUACUUGACGCACAAAGGCCUUACUCCGAACCUGAUUCACUACGUGCUAUACGCUAUCGCCGGAGGAACCAAUAGCAUGCCUUGUUUGGAGGGCGUGCGUGAAUGCAAGAAGUUCCUCAUGAGCCUCGGUCGUUAUGGGAAUACGCCUUUCUUGUGGUCCAUGUACGGAAGCGGGGAGCUUCCACAGUGCUUCUGUCGAUUGUGCGCCGUAUUUGGCGGCGUGUACUGCCUCAACCGGCCCAUAGACACCGUAGAGAACAAGACCGUCGACGACAAGAGAGUUGUGGUCAUCGAGAGCAAGUCCAAAACUCUCACCUGCGACCACUUGGUGCUCGGAAUCAACGAGGCUCCCAAAGACCUUCUGUCCCAAGAACCAGCCGAGAGUUCGGAUAUAUCGAGGGCGAUAUUCAUAUCCAAUGGGACGAUUAUGGCGAGUGAGAAAGAACCGCUGUCUUUGCUAAGGUUCCCGCCACUAACUGAGGACAACAAUGCUGUGACCGUAUUGGAAGUCGGACCCGCCAAUGGAGCGUGCCCGAAGGGACUGUUUGUGGUGUACUUCAUAACGAACAAAGUGACCGACGCGGAGAGUGAUCUCCUGCCGUACGCCGAAAGGAUCUUUGACAUGUCUGGCGGAGACCAGACCGAGACUUCUGACAAACCAAAGUGUCUGUGGUCGCUGUUCUACAACGUGAAGGAUACGAGCGCUACGGUGCGAGAUGGCGUGGACAGCGUUCAUGUGUGCGCUGGCCCGGACGCCGGCCUAGACUUCGAUCGCGCCGUGCACCAGGCUGAGGAAAUCUUCAAGAAGAUCUGCCCCGGCCAGGAAUUCCUGCCGAGAGCCCCCAACCCGGAGGAGAUCGUAUUUGAGGAUGAUGCGACUCCAGGACCUGAGUUCCAGAGGGAGGAAGAGGAUGCCGAAGGGGAUAAGGAGUAGAGGCUGUAGGAUUAGCGUUUUUAAUUACAGCACUUUCUCGUGUGUUGCAGUACCAGCAACCUUAGCAUCAACCUUGUGACACUUGCAUUAGCACCAAACUUGUAGAAUUGCAUAAGCACCAAAGUCAUGAGGGUACAAAUAAAAUCAAUGGGUCCCAAUCUAUAAUAAACUUGAUAUGAACUCUCAAACACAAACUAACAGAAAAUUAAUCCGUUUGUUCAUAUUUACUUUUAGUUAACUGUAUGUUGUGCUUAGAUACAUUGAAUAUAACUUAUAAUGGUGCUAAUUUUGCUAUACACAAAUCUAUAAACUAAUUUGGCAUGUCAAAAAAGUUGUUUUGUCUUUGUUUACAGUGAUUUGAUAGAAAUAGUUAGCACUAUUUUUAACCCGUCAGUUGUAAAUUUGUAUGGAACAGGAUCGACAUCAAUAAGUAACCUCACAUGUUGGACCUUGACCAUGACCUUGGGUUCUCCAAUUCGUAGGGCAUUGCAUGGUGCACAGAUUGCUGUUAGGGCGGCGUAGCCCUCGAUUUUCUACGACAUUGAAUUUUUAUCUACGUGCGAAAUGUUUUCUUUAGCUGAUAUGUGACUUCAGAUUAAGUACAAGAAUUUAUACGAUAUCUUGUAAUUCACGAACGUAGUGUACGAACUGAAUGUCUUAGCAAAUAGGGAAUUCCCAACUAGCACAAACAGUUAAGCUAUUUAAUAGUACUACAUGUAAACCGGCGCGUUAUAGCCUAUUAUUCUAUUACUAUUCUUAUAGCGUUUUAAGUUUUUCGUGCUAGGUUGGACUGUUAUGGAAAUUUUAAAAGUAUCCGUUGCUUAUUCUUUAUAGAUACUGUGGAAAAGGCCUGCACUAUUAUGAGAUCUGUCAUUUAGGUUACAGAUUUAUGUCCAAUAGAACAAACUCAGUGUUUGGGAAUACUGUGGAAUGAAUCUGGUGAGAUGGGUCAGGAAUAAUAUCAAGCUGAAUGAAUACCUUUGGCGGUUUUCCUCAAAACAAAAUAUUCACAAGCAGCAUUGACCUAAAAAAUAUGACAAGACCAACACAGCAAAUCUGUCUUUUAUCUCUGCAAGAAGAAAAAGAUGAUUUGUGAGUACUGUGCACAAAAGGGCUACAAUUGUAUUUCGUGCCCCAUUAAGAUUUCAAUUACACAGACACACAGGUCUCAAAAUAGUGGCCACCUUUUCUCAGUAUUCUCUACGGAAUUGAAUUGCAUGAGUUUAAUUCAGAAUUAGUGUUUACACGGAUUUGCACCUCAGUUUCAUUAAGGUUGUAGAAGCUAGAAACUUUUUCAUAAUGUAUUCGACUAUGUUGGUGGAACUUACAGCUUUUGUAACAUUAUUAGGGAAAUAUUAACUAAUUUUAGCUUCCGAACAUUAUGUAUCACUUAGAGCCGUAGAUUAUUUGCAGCAUUAUUCUAAUAACAUAUCAGAUAUCGCUAGCGUUAACCAUAGACUAAGGCAUUCGUAGAGGUUACACCAACAGUUAUAUUUCAGAUUGAUCUCCUGCGGACACACAAGAUUGUGCUGGUUGUAAUGUUAAGGUAUAAUCCAAGUAAGAUUUAUACGCUUUUGGCUUGACUUUAUGCAUUCCGACUGGUGCGUUUGGAAUGCAGUCAGCGAGGAUUAGGAUAGCUUUUGGAAUGACCAUUGACUUUUCGUAUUGAAUCGAAUUUUGAUAUUAAACGAUAAAUGCAUAUCGAUAAUAUCGUUUCAUAAUGUAGAAUUUUAUAUAUUGGUCAUUUGUAUUAUUUAUGCUAGCUAGGUUGUCUUGACAAGUUUAGCAAGAAUAACUUUAAGCCAGAAUCGAAGUAGAAAGAACUGUCAAGAGGUUAAUUAAUUAUACUGAUACAUUCGACGUUCGGAUUGUAUUGCUCUCUAGUUUUGUAUAGAUCACUAUUAUUUAUUAAUUUUAUUGUAUAAAAAAAGGGAUAGAGCAAAUAAAAUUUGGAAUUGUUACGAAGGUGGGGCAUUUUCACGUGGGGUUACAAUUUGUUUGUAACUCUAACUCUAACUUAUCUCUGCUCAUUUAUUUUAAUAAACAUAGCGAAAACAUAGAUAAGAAACACUCCGUAUCAUGCCCGGUUUUGGCUAUAGAUUUCUAGAAGCUGCAUGCUCUAUAAUCUAUCAUCGAUAAAUAAUAAAUUCGAUAGUUGACAAAAAAAACAUUCUUUAGAUCUAAACAGAUCAUAAAAAACCUAUACACUGUGUCUUGAUGUCACGUUUUGAGUCUAUUAAACGGCGAAACCAAUAACGCUCGCCUUGAGGUUUAACUAUUGUCGGCACUGAUGUCAUUAUCUUUUCGUCUACCUUUCCUUGACGCUAAUUAUAUGCAAGACUUGUUUUCAUUAGUGAUGCAAAGGUGCUUGUAAAGAAAUUACAGUCUUUGGUGUGUUCGGUAGUCAAGCCCAUUUGAUUUUUAAAUAACGUGCCUGCCGAAGGGAUUGGUUUUGCCAGAGUUACAAACUGAUUCACUCGUGUGAAGGGCCCCGAGAUGAAAUUGUGCGCACCAGUCUUAGGAAUAGACAUAGCACAUGUUAGUUUUUUUAUCAUACCUAAUUAAGUUAUUUUAGCACUCAAUCGUAUUUAUUGUCAAAUCGGAUAUGCAUAAAAAUGCAUGUGCAGCUUGGUGCAUAUUAUAAUUCCAUUAAAUUGUGAUUAUUAGAAAU